GGGCUGCGUUGGGGUGGGGCCGUUUGGCUGCAGCAAACACGCCCAAGGCGGUCCUUUCUUCCUUCUUUCCUUCCUUCCUUCCUUCCUUUCUUCCUUUGGAUUGGUCGGGCAGCCCCCUUCUUGAGCCUUUGGCCGUCUGUUGCUCCUGAUCGGACAAAAGAGGAGCCUGAGGGUCUUUAACAACUCGUGGGUUUGGUGCAAGGGGACGUUUUGUGGAGGGGCGAGUUGUUCAGGAACUGGAUGAGUUAAGAUGCUGAAGAGCCUGGUUUUUAUGCCUGAGUCCAGCCCUUGAGAAGUGAACCGAGGGGCCAAACCCAAGAUGAAGAUGCUUCCCGGCGUGGGGGUCUUUGGGACGGGGAGCUCGGCUCGGAUGCUGGUGCCUCUGCUGAGAGCAGAAGGCUUCUCCAUUGAGGCUCUCUGGGGGAAAACUGAAGAGGAGGCAAAGCAGCUAGCUGAGGAAAUGGACAUUUCCUUCUACACAAGUCGGACGGAUGAUGUUCUGCUGCACCAGGACGUAGAUCUGGUUUGCAUCAACAUCCCCCCACCCCUCACGCGGCAGAUUGCAGUGAAGGCUCUAGGUAUUGGAAAGAAUGUCAUCUGUGAGAAAGCUGCCACCUCUGUUGAUGCUUUCAGGAUGGUCACAGCUGCCAGAUAUUAUCCCAAACUCAUGAGUCUUGUAGGCAAUGUGCUGAGAUUUCUACCAGCUUUUGUCAAAAUGAAGCAAUUAAUAGAAGAACACUAUGUGGGCAAUGUCCUGGUCUGCGAUGUCAGAGUGUACUGGGGGAGCCUUCUCAGCCACAAAUACAACUGGAUCUGUGAUGAAUUGAUGGGUGGGGGUGGCCUGCAUACAAUGGGGACUUACAUCAUAGACCUCCUCACGCACCUGACAAACCGAAAGGCUGAGAAAGUCCAUGGCUUGCUGAAAACUUUUGUGAAACAGAACUCUGCCAUCAGUGGCAUCCGGCAUGUCACCAGUGACGACUUUUGCUUUUUCCAGAUGCUGAUGACAGGAGGCGUAUGUAGUACAGUGACUUUGAACUUCAACAUGCCUGGGUCGUUUGUUCAUGAGGUUAUGGUCGUUGGGUCGGCUGGACGCCUUAUAGCGCGUGGGACAGAUUUGUAUGGCCAGAAGAACACUGCUUCCCAUGAGGAGAUUUUGUUUGCAGAUUCUCUGAAUGUCCAUGCAGGACUUUUAGAUAAAGGAUUCAAAGACAUCCCCCUGUUGUAUCUCAAAGGGAUGGUAUACUUAGUGCAAGCACUUCGUCACUCCUUCCAGGAACAGGAAGACCAGCGAACCUGGGAUCCCAAGCCAGUGGCUAUGGCAGCUUCUUUUGAAGAUGGCCUUUAUAUGCAAAGUGUAGUAGAUGCUAUUAAAAAAUCCAGCCGGUCUGGGGACUGGGAAAUGGUGGAGGUCAUGACUGAGGAACCAGAUGCCAAUCAAAACCUCUGUGAAGCACUACAACGAAAUAACCUAUAAUAGAAAGACUCCUGGAGAGCAGAACCAAUUGGAAGGAUGAAGAAAUCAUUAGGAUGGAUACAUUUCAUUACUUGUGAUGGGUAUGGAGGAGGGGGAAGAAUGGUCAGUUAUAUUUGUGGGUAAAACAUCCAAACCAUUUCGGUUUUUUAAUCUAAUGUAGAAUGUUUUAAGUGUUGUGGAUCUAUGUGUCAUUGGUUAUUUUAAAGCUAAACUUACUGAACUGUGUAUCAUUAAGAAAACUUGAAUUGCCCUUUGCACUCAAAAUAGCUAAAACAAAAGAGUGGACUCUCUGCCGUUGUGGGCAAGUCAGUCUCCCUUAUAUGUGUUCUUGCAGGUUGCACACAAUGGCAUAUACUGGUAGAGAAGCAUCUGUUUUUUGUAGAAAUGCAAGAUGUAUCUUCUGACAUUUCUUGAUGAACACUCCCUCCAGGGAAUUGUAAUGAGACUAACAUUAAAUUUGGUCUUUAAGAUUAGAAGGAACUGAUAGCAGCUUCUGUAGUUAGGGCCAGGUUAGGUAGCACACAUACUUCUUUUCAUACUUUUUCCCAUUUGUAUAGAAAAGCAGUAGAGGCCUUAUUACAACACUUAAAGAAAUAUGGGAGACUGAAUACCCCCAUGAUUUAUGUUCAGUAGCCAUGAGCUGUAGUGCUUCUUCCUGUUCCUCACACUGUUACUGUGUGGGAGUGGAUAAAGAUACCUAGCAGCACUUGGCUCAGAACAAGCUUGGUAGGGAGAGUAGUCAGCAUCCUACUGUUAAAAUAAGAAAACCUGUCACACAUAGUAUCUGUUCCUUUGUAUGUCAACAGGAUGGACACAUGAAUGACAGCUCCAUCUUUCUUAUUUGGGUUUCAGUAUUAAAAUGUUUUAAAUUUAAAUCCUGCUCUAACUAACAGGUUUUGCCCUCUUUCUAGAAAUAGACAAGUGUGCUGUGGAGUUCAUGUGCUUCUCGCCCAUGCCAGAUGUCAGAGUUGGAAGGCUUUUCAUACUCCUCUGACACUCUCUCUUACCCUGCACUGAGCUGUCACAUUGCACCAGUGGUUGUCUUCUGACAUUGGUUGCUUUAGCAGAAUGGAAGCCAAACCCACAGACAGUUUUGCUAAUCAAAUAUUUUACAGCUUAGUAAUCAAGCUCUCUUUUAUGAGGCAGGUAUUUAAUCUGUCAAGUGAUGGAAGAUUGGAUGGGGAAAAAAGUAGACCAUUGCUAUCCUCCACUGAGUGCUGGCGAGAUAAUUGUUAGAGGCAACAACUAUUUUAGUGAGGUAAGCAGGUUUAAUCAAGACAGAACUUGGAAAAGUUGUUUUUUGGACAGAAACACUCAGAGCUACCCAACUCAUGUUCUGAAUCAAGCCCUGGAUAGUGUUCACUGCCCCUUUUGACUUGUAUUCUGUGGGACACGGGGCUGUUUUCAGACAGUUCUUAAUGUGCAAUGAUCAGAUCGCACACCUGUUCUUUGCUUGGGUUGAAAUUGAGAAAGGUUGCUAACUUUUAUAUGAAAUACGUUGUUUACUUGAAUGUUUUUUAUGUUUUCCUACUAAGUUUUAAUCCUGUGCAUUAAUAUAAAGCAUUAAUAAGUAA